UCUAACCGCGCGCGCGCACGACUAGACCACAGCCCAUCACCGAUACUCAAGCCCCUUCUUGAUUUACACACACAAUCGCGGCCGCGCACUCGGAACGAGACACAUACACACACACACGAUGCGGCCGUCCCUCUUCAUCAUCGCGGCUCUGGCCACCAUGGCCCUCGGCAAGACCCAUGCCUUUGCUACCUCCCUGCGGGACAUGAAGAAGGCAGCCUCCGGCAUGAACAAGGCCGUCACCGUCUGGAGCGACGUCAACGUGCGCGUCCCGAUCCGGCGGCAGUCGCGCGCGCUGUCCAAGACGUUCAACAGGGCCGCCAAGGCCGCCAGGAAGGACCUCGCCCGCGCGGCCAAGCGCAGGGGCAUGGCCGCCGUGCCGCUCGAGAUGGUCCGGAUCGUGGCCCGGGAGGCCAAGGGGCUCGCCACACUCCUGCGCUACGUUGCGAAGAAGGAACCUGCGGGUCACUUCCAGGGCAUUGGGUAA